CAGUGCAGUUAACAACUUACCUAUGGGAUACCCCGUCCUUCAGCAACCUCCAAUGCCAGCAGCGGGUCAGCCCCAUGUCGAUUCCAUGGGAUGUGCAAUGUCUAACUGUCAUGUAGUUAAUGGAGUACCUGCACCAAGCAACUUUCAUCCCAUGCGGAUGAAUUCUGGGAAUGAUAUUAUGAUGGACUGCAGUGGUGCUGAUGUGGUUCCUGUCAUUCCACCAAACAGCGCCAUGUCACCCAUAUCGGAGAUGCCUGUAAGUCCUACAUCAGUUGCAUCGAGUGGCCACUUCCCGUUCUCUGCUUCAGAAAUAUCUGGAAUGGGAGUAGACACAGCACUUGAUACACCAUUUACAUCCGAUGUGGCAAGUUCUGUUGGAUUGCAACUUGCACCUGAUGGUGGAGCUGGAAAUUCUCGGGAUUCUUUGAGAUCGCUGGACCAAAUUCAGUGGAAUUUCAGCUUAUCAGAUCUUACAGCAGAUUUGUCAAACUUGGGAGAAUUAGGAGCCUUAGGAAACUAUCCCGGUUCCCCAUUUCUACCGUCUGAUUCUGAAAUUUUACUCGACUCCCCAGAGCCAGAGGAUAUAGUGGAGGAGUUCUUUGUUGAUUCUGUACCCGGACCGCCAUGCUCUCAGUCAGAUGAGGAUAAACCCUAGAGAACGUUGAGGAAAGUCGCCUUUUUCACUUUAAAUUGUUAAGGAAGGACUGAACAGAAUAUUUCUGGUUAGCUAGUUUGAUUUGUAUUAGCAUACAGAUAGGAAACUUGUUGUAUCACUAGCUAAUCUAGCAUUGUAAUUUUCUUUUCCCCGAAAAACUUAAUUAUCUGAGAACGUUCAGUACUGUAAUUUGGAUAAACCGGCAUGAUUAUCGCUAUUUUUAGUCGUAAUCAUCUGCCUUUUCCCUA